CGACCGUGUUUUAUGUUUAGGUAAGAUUUCUUCAAACUCACAUGGGCUCUUCUGCCCAGCGGUGAUAGAGGCGCGGAAGUACUUGAAGACGCAGCAGUGGUUGAAACAAUGACAGCACCCUGACCGGUCCGGUACUGUGGGAGAUACACACACACCUGUAUGAUUUAGUCAUCUGGGACGUGAUGCAGUACAAUAUAACUGGCCCGAACAAAAUGUGCGAAACUCUUCAGUAUAAAGCAGUGUGUGAGUGAACACAAAACGCAUUUACUGUACUGUAACUCAUUCCAGUCCUUAGGAAAACAAGUCGAGAUUUAAUCUGUCCUUUAUACUGGAUCCUCACAGGUUUUUCAAACUUUAUGUCGGCAGGAAAAAAGGUGAUUUGGGGAUUUCGAUGCCAUAUUUCCCUAGUAUAAUUGGUUGGCCGUUAGUUUACAGACAGUUGUGACCAGAACUACAAGUGUCAGAAAAUGGAGCUGCAGACGUGGUGUGUGGCAAUGUGUCUUCUUGGAGUAACAGUUGGUGGUACAGAUGGGAAAGUGACUGGGACAAAUCUUCUGCCUUCCAUGCCCAAUGUAUGUGCAGAAGAAAAGCUUGUGGUUGUAGGACACAAACAGCCUUGUGUCCAGCCUUUCACUCGAAUAGUUAAAGUAUGGAAGCAGGGUUGCACUGGAAGGCAGAUGUGGUGUGUCGGCUAUGAGCGAAGGACAUCAUACUACACUACAUACAAACAUGUAUACAGUACAGAGUACCAGACCGUUUUCAAGUGCUGCCCAGGGUGGUCUCAACUUAGUGGCGAGACAGGUUGUCUUUCGCAUGUCUGCAGUAAUGGUUUCUGCUUCAAUGGAGGCCAAUGUACUGAAGGGACCUCGCAACUUUGUCACUGUCCUUCUGGAUUCCAUGGGCCCCGCUGUCAGUAUGGUGAGUUAAAACUUAUCCUUAUUUAA